GCAUUCUUCCAGUGAGAGGGUAAUAUUUGUGUUGCCAUCAGCAAGUGCUUCCCAAGCGGCAUCAGGCUGGUCUAACUCCGCUUUGCGCUCUUUUAAUCUCUUGGGAUCUCCUUGAAGUUUUUUCCCGUCAUGGCUUCCAAAGUCACGUCUUGGUUUAAGAAGAAGGGGAAGGCUGUGAGCCAAGUGAAAACUGAUUAUGCUUACCACCACUCUUCAUGUGUGUGUGCCAAGCAGCAGACAGCAGUGAGGCAAUCCAGCUGUAUCUCGGAGAGCCAGGCCACCGCGGCUAUGGCAGAACAAGGCUAUACCAUACCUGCGUUUAGGCAGAGGAGUGCAGAAGAUGGAACGGAGGAGUACCAGAGAGUGAGCACGAAUGUUGAGAAAGGACUGACGGUGAUCCAGGAGGAGCUCCACAGGAUGAGGAUGGCCACCAAGGCCCAGGUGGAGAGUCUGAACCUGCAGAGAGAGGUUAAGGAAAUGAUGUACAAGAAGGUGAUUCCAUCAGAAAACCCGAAGAUGCCGGACUUCCUGGUGGCUCUUCGACCGCACACCGUGUGGGAGAAGACCCCCGUCAAACUGUUCUGUACCGUGGAGGGAACCCCCAGGCCCGUCGUCAAAUGGUAUAAAGGAGGAGCGCCCGUCGACCCACUGAGCGCCCCAGGAAAGUACAAGAUUGAAAACAAGUAUGGAGUCCACAGUUUGAUCAUUAGCAGGUGUGCAGUGAGCGAUACGGCUGAGUACAGCGCUAUGGCUUCAAACCCUCACGGCACCGCCACCAGCAAGGCCACCGUCACCGUGAAGAGAGCAGCAGGGACCGGGGAGUCCUGCCAGCUCAAUUUAGUGCCCCACCUGACUGAGAUCCAUGCCAGCAAGCUGGAGGUCAGUCUUUUGGACCGUUUCUCCGUCAGCUUUGGGACGGAGGGCAGCUGCAUCAGCCUGGUCUGCUCCAUGGUGGUGGUCCCAGACCUGCCCAACGUGCCCCCCUUCGCCCAGUGGUACCGAGACGGUAAGACAGCCCUUAAUUAA